AUGUCUUUGGACGAAGGAGUACUCGUUAAAAGGACUUUAAAUUUCACUGAGAUAGGGAAAAAACUUGGGUUCACUGUGCAGCAAUUUGACGUAGUUACACAAGAUGGAUAUAUUUUGAAGCUUUUCCACAUACCCGGUAAUAGAAACAAACCAGUUCUGCUGAUGCACGGAAUUAUUGACUCCUCUGACACUUUCAUUAUAAGAGAAAAGUCCUCUUUAGCUAUAGCUUUGGCUAAUUCUGGUUACGAUGUUUGGCUCGGCAACAAUCGAGGGAACAGGUAUUCCCGACACCAUGUCUACUUAAAUCCUGAUCGUGAUGACAAAUUUUGGGACUUCAGCUUCCACGAACUUGGCUAUUACGACCUGCCUGCUAUAAUAGACUUUAUUCUCAAUAAAACUGGGCAAAAAAAAUUAACUGCGAUUGGACAUUCGCAAGGCAACGCGAUAUUCCUAGUGCUCGGCGCGACACGACCUGAAUAUAAUGAUAAGAUCAAAUUAUUAAUAUCGUUAUCUCCCGUAUGUUUUUUAAAUAAUUUGAUGGAUGCGCCAUAUUUGCUUUUGAAAUCAGUACCCACUUUGAGCAAUGUUAUGACGUUAUUAGGCCAAGAGGAAUUCAUGGGUGAUAAUACUACUUUUAUUCGUGUGUUCAGGGAAAUUUGUGGUACUGAGAACAGUUACUCUUUAUGUGCUCAUGGUAUUUUAUUUCCUAUGGCUGGGAGCGAUCCAGAAGAGUUGGAGCCCGAGUUCUUGCCGACCAUAAUCGCACAUUACCCAACUGGUACAUCCAAGAAAAACGCUAUUCACUUAUCACAAGUUGGUAUUCAGGGAUUGUUCUCCGAAUUCGAUUAUAAUUGGCGAAAUAUGGACAUUUAUAACUCAACAAUGCCUCCAGAGUAUAAUUUGAGCAAGGUGACUAUGAGAGUCGCUUUAGUAGCUGGCAGAAACGACAAAUUGUCUACAUUAAAAGAUGUAGAUUUAUUAAAUAGGAAAUUACCGAAUGUUGUAGAAUAUUUGAUUAUAAAGCGUAGGAAGUUUAGCCACUUGGAUGCAGUCUGGGGAAGAAAUAUGGAUAAAUAUCUUUUUCCCCAUAUAUUCAAAAUCCUAGCAAAAUACAGC